AUGGUGAGUGAGGAAGAUGAGCCAAACAUCGGGUUGAUCGUGGGCCUUUCAUUGGGCAUCCCUUUGUUCCUCAUCGUCUUGGGUCUUCUGUUUUACUUCAGACGCCAAAUUGGCGCGUUUUGUCGCAAGGAGGCACCGGCAAAAGAUAUUGAAUUUAAAGAUGACAACCUUUCUAAAGUGGAAAGUUCACCAUCUCACAAAAUUGAAAGCUACCCGUCAGGCAAUAUUGCACAAGUUGACCAUCGAGACACGCAGAUGUCUACGGACGCGGACAGUCAAUAUGAGAUACCCUUGCCGACCCCUCCACCCCAGCGACCGCCGAAGCCUGAGUCGUACACUGAUGCGAGACCGCCGGGAGUAAGUAAGGAGAUCAUUGACGAAUAUAACAGACUUCCCAAGCCCACGAAGAAAACUACCGAAGCAUCGAAACCCUGCAACAAGUUCCAAAACCGCUACGCAGACGUUCUUCCAUUUGAAGAAAACCGCGUGAAGUUGAAGUCUGGGGAAUACAUCAACGCGUCCCACAUCGACGGCGGCUUCAUAGCAACUCAAGACCCACAGCAAACGACUGAAGAUGACGAGCUCUUCUGGUCGAUGGUGUGGGAGCAUCAGGUGUCCAUCAUCGUCAGGCUGUCAGCGGACGAUAAAAAUCUCGGCAACAAACAAAUGGGCUGUGCCCCUUACCUGCCCCUGGACCGACGCUGGGUGUUCAACAACGGCAUCGAGGCGAGCGUCAAGGAGAAGAGGCAGGAGGAGACCACGCACACCACCACCACCGUCUUCCUGGAGAAGACGGAGGGCGACGACAUCGGGAAAAGGCAGGUGGUGCACUAUCACCUUAAGAACUGGAACGAAGGCAACCCUCCCGAGCCGAUGAAUUUCCUCAAAGUCCUGAAAACGAUCAGGGAACGCAAAUUCAGCUCCAUGCUGUAUGAAAAUGGCGACGGAAAUAGGGUCCUAGUGCACUGCGGAGCUGGAGCGAACCGCAGCGGAGGCUUCAUCGCUGUGUGGAAGCUGAUGGACGACGUUGACCAAAACCAGAAGCCAAAUGUCUUCGCAACUGUGGAGAAACUGCGACACCAGCGCAUGCUCGCCGUCCAGACUCUGAGCAUGUAUUACUACGUCCAUAAAUGCAUCGACCUCUACGUUGAAAACAAGAAAAUUUUCAGUGAAG